AUGGUGAGUCCACCGGCUCGGAAAGUAUUGGUGGUAGCUGACCCUACUCCCCAUUCCGCGGCGGCCCUCCAAUACGCACUUUCCCAUGUAUUGCUUGAACAAGACGAGCUCAUCCUUUUCCAUGUCGAGAACCAAUGCACGUGGAAGAACACAUUGUCUACUUUCCUGAGGCGGCCGAGCCUUGCUUCCAGUGCCGGUCCCAGUGCCAUUGCCCCGGUGCAGAUUUUCGGACUCGAUACGGCUUCAACAGACGUGAAUUUUCUUGACCAAAUGAAAUACGCAUGCGAGAUUGCUCAGCCUAAUAUACCUGUACGUAUAGAGAAAACUGAGAUGGAUCAUGGUAAAGAUAAGGCUCAUGUCAUCCUUUCUAAAUCCAAAGAUCUUGGAAUUGAUCUUCUUAUAAUUGGCCAAAAACGAAGUCUCUCUUCCGCCAUCCUUGGAUACAAGCGGCCGACCGGGAAUUCGAAGGCAUCAUCGAAACUGUUAGACACAGUAGAGUAUUUGAUCGAGAACAGCCCAUGCACAUGUGUUGCAGUGCAGAAGAAGGGACAAAAUGGAGGCUAUGUCCUCAACUCCAAGACCCAAAAAAACUUCUGGCUCUUGGCAUGA